AUGUCGAAGCCGCCUUCCAGAGUUGUCUUCGUGGGCAAUAUCCCCUAUGGCCUUUCCGAGGAGCAGAUCAGCGACAUCUUCAGCAGCGCCGGCAAGGUCCUCAACUUCCGCCUAGUCUACGACCGCGAGACCGGACGGCCCAAGGGUUUCGGCUUUGCAGAAUAUCCAGACAAUGACUCCGCAGCAUCGGCUGUCCGCAACCUGAACGACUAUGAGAUUAUGGGAAGGAAACUUAGGGUCGACUUUUCCAACGAGGGCGGCAGUGACGACAACAAUGAUAGCCACGGACACUGGAAACAGGGCCGAGAUGGCGUCAACCCCUCCCACGCCUCGAACGGAUACAACCCUGUCGCGCCGCCGAUGCAGUCGAGUACGCUGCCUCCUCUCCCAGCCGGCAAGGAGCUGCCCCCGAACGUCACAGCAACCGACGCCAUCUCACGGACUCUCAACACCCUUCCCCCGUCUCAACUCCUCGAUAUCCUCACACAGAUGAAGGCGCUGGCCUCUACCGACCCCGCCAGGGCGACGGAACUUCUCCAGCAGGCACCGCAACUGGCAUACGCCGUCUUCCAGGCUCUCCUGCUCAUGGGUCUGGUGUCUCCCGAGGCGAUCCACUCCGUCAUCGAGCCUGGCGGCGCGCCCCCGGCGCCCCCACCGCAGGCCGCGCCGAUCGGUUACCCGCCACAGCCCACCCCCGGCUUCCCGCCGGUCCCCGUGAUGGGAGCUAACAACACCCCGCCUGUCGCCGGCACGCCGUACGCGCCUCCCCCGCAGCAAGCUCCCUAUGGCGCACCCCCGCCGGUUGCUGCACCUCUGGGUCAAGACCCCGACGCUCUCAUGCGGCAGGUUAUGGAACUGCCGAUGGAGACGAUCAACAUGCUCCCCGAGGCAGAAAGACAACAGAUCCUGGCGCUCCGCGCAAGCUUUGGUGGACAAAGGCGAUGA